AUGUCCUCGCCGCCAUCAUCCGCCUCAUCCGAGUCUCCCAUGCCCACGGCCGAGCACGCUUUGCAUGAAGCGCCCUCAGUCUGCACCAUUGAGCAGCCUGCGGUUGGCGGCAAAGAGCUCGACUUGCUGGCCUUUUCUUCUCAGCUCGUCGUAUCGCUCGAUGACCAAGAGCUCCUCGAGCGCUCGAUCGCAAAUCCGGAGCUCAUGCGUGCAGAAGCUGCGGCGCUCCGUGCACUGGCUGCGUCGAAGACCCAGAUGUGGCCCCCGGACUCGCUAGAACCCGACUACGGCUUGGACGAGGAAUACAAUGGCAACGUCGGCCAGUACGACGACCUGACCAUCGCUGAAGAGCCUCGUACCCCCGAACGACGUGGCGCCCGCAAAGGACGUCCGCGCGCGCCUUCGCUCAGAUCCAUCGAGGACGACCUAGCGUUACAAAUGGUGGUAUGGAUGAGUGCGCGCGAGGGCAAGCAGUCUCUACGGCAGCAAGCGCACGAUCGGCUUCUUCUUUAUGGCGCGCUCUCGGCAAUGCACGGGUCCGCUGUAUCAGAGGCAUCUACACGAGCGCUAGCCUCACGACCUCCGCAAGCUUCGGCGUCAAAGCCCUCCACGGCUUCGCUGGCCGGCGCGCCACCAAAACCUUCCUCUCACGCACCGUCUGAAUCUCGCUCGCUAACUCGAAAGAUGAAGCAACGCCUCCGCCAGCUGACGAGCAUUCGCCUCCACAAGCUGACAAGCAUCGACCUCCAAGAGCCAACGAUAGCGCCUCAAAAACAACGCUGGCGCGUCGGGACUGUCGGUGGCGCCGCGCAAGCAAAUCCGGCGCCUCAAAUGCGGCAAUAG